GGCCGGCCGGCCGGCAGGGACUACAAGCCCCGGCGUGCUGCGGGCUCGCGGGGCGUUUCCCUCGGCCGGUCGGGGGAAGGAGCCGUAGCUGGAGCCGCUGCGAGGCGGGGACUGGCUGAGCCGGUGGCGACCCAGCUCGCAGCGGAGCAGACAGACAGACAGACACAGGGAUGUCCUGCAGGAACAUGCUGCUGACUGGCUGCUCCUCUGGGAUCGGGCUGGCUCUGGCCGUCCGGCUGGCUAAAGAUGAGCUGAAGAGAUUCCGAGUCAUCGCCACCAUGAGGAACCUGGACAAGCGGGAGGCCUUGGAGAAGCAGGCGGGGCCGGCACUGGACAAGACCCUGGAAAUCCGCCAGAUGGACGUGACCAGCGAGGAAUCCAUCCGGCGCUGCGUGGAGGGCAUUCCCCAGCGGAGAGUGGACGUGCUGGUGAACAACGCGGGGCUGGGCAUGAUCGGGCCGGUGGAGAGCCAGAGCGUCGCUGCCAUGAAGGGUCUCUUUGACACCAACUUCUUCGGGCUGGUGCGGCUGGUGCGCGAAAUCUUCCCCGACAUGAAGCGCCGGCGCCGGGGCCACAUCGUGGUGAUGAGCAGCGUGCUGGGGCUGCAAGGCCUCAUCUUCAACGACAUCUACUCCGCCUCCAAGUUCGCUGUGGAGGGUUUCUGUGAGAGCUUGGCCCUGCAGGCGCUAAAGUUUGGUGUGAACAUCAGCCUGAUCGAACCCGGACCGGUGGUGACCGAGUUCGAAAGGAAACUCUACGAAGAAGCCGCCAGCAUGGACCUGUCUGCCGUUGACCAGGAGACACUGGAUAUAUUCCAAGGCUUCUACAUGGCCUAUUCCAAGGACGUCUUCACGGUGCUGGGGCAGUCGCCGGACGAGGUGGCUGAGCACACGGCCAAGGUGAUCAUGGCGGAGAAGCCGCCUUUUCGCUACCAGACCAACAGCCUCUACACGCCCAUGACCACCCUGAAACACGCCGACCCCACCGGGAACCUGCCUCUGAACGCCUUCCACCAGAUGAUCUUCCAGCACGACCGGCUCUUCAAAGCCAGCCUCAGCCUCCUCAAGAUGCUGCAGUGGAGGAAGAGGAGGGACGUGUCCUAUAACAAGUCUCCUUGAGACGAAGGCAUCAAUCCCCUUCCUCCUCCUCCCUGGACAACACAGGCAGCUCCAGCUAUAGAUCCCCCCACCCUGCCCUCGCCCCGCUCCAAUGCUCUGUAGCACGACCCUAGUUUCCAGUGUGGACAGCCACUGUAAAAGCACAAAACCUUGGACCGAGCGGGAGGUGCCAGCGCAGUGGGUGAUGUGGGGAGCGGGGAGGAGGCGGCAGUGUGUUUAGGAGUGGGGAUCUACGAGGGGACUAGCAACACCCCAGUCUUUGCAACCAGCUGAUUCUUUUGUAUCUUUUUUUUAAGUAUAUUUGGGGUUUUAAAAGGAUUUUUUUUUUUAAAGAACUUUCAAAAAGUAGAGGUUUAAGGCCCUGCUGUAGUGUAGGUCCCAGGAGUCCUAACUCCCACUCGCCUCCCAGAGCUGGGGAUAGAACCCAGGAGUCCCAACCUCUCCCAGGACUGGAUAGGACCUGGAGUCCUGACCUCUCCCAGGGCUGGGAAUAGAACCCAGGAGUCCCCGGAGCCCCAUCUCUUCCCAGAGCUGGGGAUAGAACCCAGGAGUCCCAACCUCUCCCAGAGCUGGGGAUUGAACUCAGGAGUCUGGAGGCCUGUCCCAAUGCUCUAACCACUAAGCACCACUCCCCUCCCACAGCUGGGGCUAGAUCCCUGGUUGUAUUGAGUUGUCUCCCUGCCCAAGACCCACCUGUGGGGGUGGGCCCGGCUGUGCUUCCACCGGGGGAGGGAUAGACACCCUGCAUGAGGUGGCAGCCCAGCUGGUGUGUGCCGGGGCUUGAGGCCCUGGCGAAGGGAGCCACGGGGCAUCA